UCGAGGUGAGACGGACAGGAACUGAUGAUCCGGGUCUGUGUUUCCGGCGGACCGAGAAACUCUGCGCACGCGCGUGUGAGCGAAACGAGCGUGUGUUUGUGUGAAAAACAUUAAUCAGAAAUAUCAGAAACAUCAGGAUUUACACACACACGAGCUCAGAGUGACAGCAUGAAGAAGAAGAAGCAGCUCGUGAACAGAGCCGCUGGAGAUGCAGGAGAUUACACGGUCGGUCAGGUGUCCGGCAGCCUGUUCCCAGAACAGCACAAACCUGGAGCUUUAUCGGCUUUAUUCUCCUCCACUUCCUCAGAAAACACUCUAGUCUUCGUUCCUGCGCCCAAAACGGAGCCUAAACCCACUGCAGCGUCUGAUGUCAAGAGUCCCGGUCAGAUCCACAAACCGAUCCAGACUCCGAAGACUCUCUCGGCGGCGGAGAAGAAGCUCCAGGACCGAGAGAGCGCGCUGCAGAACGCAGACGAUGAAGGACGAACGAGUGCGAAGAAAGUCAAGCGCAAGCGUCCGGAUGAGGAGGAAGAGGAGCGACCCGGCAAACGCAGAAAGAACAAGAACAACGCAGAGGAGCGAAUCAAGCUGAAGCGGACGGUGUUUGUGGGGAAUCUGCCGGCCAGCUGCACGAAGAAGGAUAUCCUGUCCCUGUUCAAGCAGGCUGGAGCCAUCGAGUCGGUCCGCUUCCGUUCAGUGGUUCGUGAAGACCCGACCAUGUCCCGCAAAAUGGCGGCCAUCCAGAGGAAAGUUCAUCCGAAAAAGCAGAAUAUUAACGCUUACAUUGUGUUCAGAGAGGAAGAGGCGGCGGCUGGAGCCCUGAAAUGGAAUGGUCAGGAGAUUGAGGCGGGUUUCCAUAUCCGAGUGGACCGAGUCUCUCAGCGCUCCGGACAUGAUCAUAAAAGGUCCAUAUUUGUGGGGAAUUUACCGUAUGAUAUAUCGGAGCUUCCGGUGCGAGAACACUUCCUGGAGUGCGGGAACGUGGAGGCCGUGCGUUUGGUGCGAGACAGAGAGUCUGGGAUGGGGAAGGGCUUCGGAUACGUCCUGUUUGAGAGUCCAGAUUCAGUGAUGUUGGCGUUGAAACUCGACGGCUCCACGUUACUGGAGCGAAAGAUCAGGGUGAAGCGCUCUGUGAAGAAGGAAAAAGUGAAGAAAUCACAUCAAGGUCGUCAGUCAGAAGGAAAAGAGCGAUGGAGAGGAGGAGGAGGAGGAGGAGGAUUCAAAGGUCCAAAGCAGGAGUUCAGAAACAAGCCGGGAAGAACUCACUCCACGAUGAAUCCUGGCAGGAAACCAACACAAGCUUCAUCGUUCAAGGGAGAGACGGCAGAUCCUGCUGCCAAGAGAGGGAAAGGACUGAAAAAGAAGUUUAAGCACAAGAAAAAGAAACCUGCUGUUCACAUUUAAUGCCUGAGCUUUUAUUUAAAUGUUUAGUGCUUUUGUGUCACUAAUAAAGACAUGAUUAAACAAA